GUUGUUUUUGUGCUCCUCGACUUGCUUUGGUUUGUAAUUGCGUUAUAUUUUACAGCGCUCGGUCUCUUUCUCACUUUAACUACCUGUUAUGUACGGCAUAAAAUUUCGACGCACUGAAAUUGGUUUCAAGUGUGGAAUGAGAGAUAAGAACGUCUUAAGCAAAUGCAGCAUAGAAACGGCGCUUAAACUUUUCUCUCACACUCUUACGUCGACUCUAUACGUCUAAACUACAGCCAAGAUCCAUUGAAAUGUCGAAAAUCACAAAAUCAAAUGCUUCGCUUUAAUCUUUCUCUCAGUUUGCCCGUCUGUAUGUACCGUUUGCAUAUUGUUUAUUUGUUUAUUUGAUGUGUUUUUGAGGGAAAUUCUGUUUCGUAAGCAAAAUACUGUCAAGGGCGAGAGUGUAGGAUGUUGAAUAAGUCAAGCCGGGGCAAUUAUAUCUCUGAUAAAUAAAAUGACACUUCUUUCGAUUGCAUUAGCAGAUUUUCAAAUGAAAAUAUGUUAUCAGUGUUUCGGAUGCAGUUAAACGAUUUGUGUGUGUUGCGUAUAGUGUUAACGUCAGCUCAGUUUUCGAUACGAAACGUGGCGACAAAAUGCCAGUGUCGAUAUGAAAACGGUAUUGAUAAUCAAUAUUCACAUUUGGUUAUAAUAUUACAACUAUUAUUGGUUGGACAGUUGCUGAGUCGGUUAUUGAAACAGAAAAAGAAGAAGAGAAAACAGUAUGUUGGUGGUGCGUGUGUUUUGUUUUUGGUUAGCAAACGAAAUAUUUUGCUGCAUAGUUUCAAUUUCGGCCAUUAAGCCGUUGCCGACAAGUGAUGCGUGCGAGAAUAAUUAUACACCAUUUUGUGAAGAAUUGCGAAACUGCAAAAACGUUUACACAAACAAUAUCGAACAUCGUGAAUUCAUCGAGCUGUCAUCGAACCACACAACCGAUUUGUUGUUGGAGUUUUAUGUGAUUGGAUCCAGUGAUUGCCAUGUUCAUUUAUCGCCGGUUGUCAAUCCAAAUCAAACUAACUAUGGAGUCUAUGAUUUUCUGAUUGGGGGAUUUAACAACUCCCGCACCGUUGUUAAACACGGACGGAAAAUAUUUCGAGAUUUACGAACGGCAAACGUACUAUCGGAAAGUCAACCAGUUCAAUUCCGUAUCGAAAUCAUACCAAGUGGCGUUAUUCAAAUUUAUCGCAACGAUUUACUGCUGUUGGAGACGCUCGAUCGAAAUGUGGCGCCUGUUCGAUAUUUUAACUUUGCAACCGACGACCAUUUGAACGGAAUGUAUUUCUAUUAUGAUUGUAAGCACGCUUCAUUGUCGGCCAAAAACGUCUCAGCCGAUGCCCCUGAUGAUUUCAAGAAUGCUUCAGCGUCGGCACAAAACAUCACAAUCGAUGAUGAUAAGCACGUUUCAUCGUCGGCCGAAAACAUCACAACCGAUGCCCAUCUCAAAGUCUUUGUCUUGGUCGCCUUAUGUAUACGAUUGACCUUAUUUAGCUACAGAUAAGUUUUGAUUAUUCGUCUUCGUCGUCGUCUUCUGUAUUUGACUCAAUUAAAACGAAAAUAAACAUGAAAACACCCCAUAAUACAAUUCAGCAAUGACAACAACAUCAAACAAAAACAAAAAUAUUUAGAAAGUAUUGUAGUAAAAAUAAAUCGAUUAUUUUUUUUGUGUUCUGUGUUUUCGGAAAUGUAAGCCUAAUGAAAACGGUUGUAUAACGUCGAAAAUUUUACACAUUUGUUGUACUCCGUAUGUACCGCGAUGGUUUUUUUCGGAACAAAUAUCGAUCCUUUUGUUUAGCACCAGACAGUUGAGUGCGUGUGUGAAUAGAAUGAGUGCUAUAGCUUUAAUCAACGAACGUAUGAACGAACAAACGAAUGAAUGAACGAAUGAAUCCCAAUAAAUCCACACGAUAUGAACAAAAGGCAAAUCCAUCAUAAAGCAUCAAAAGAGUACUUCAUCCAUAAAUCGAGAUGUAUAUUUCGGUUUUUUGGCUGCUGACUGUGAGUCUGCGGUGCGGGGGGUAUGCUCUUCAGUUGUAUCCACCUGAGUUAUGAAUUAUAUUGAUAAAUGGUAAUUAUAAAACAUUUAAUAAAUGUAUUUGAACUUUGAGUGGAAAAUGUCGGCACGUUUGUAUCUUGUUUCUUGAUGCUAGGCUUUUGUAAUACGAUUUCACCGAUUUUGAGUCACAGUGCAUAUCUCGUAUUCAAUGUACCCAUCACAAACACAAACCAAACCAAACCAAUCCAAUCAUAUUUUAGACGUGGCAUUUUAUGUGAAGGGCAGUAAAAAGUGGCAUAUAUCGUUUAGCCAAAGCGAUAAAGUAAAUUAUCACGACGGUGCUAGCUAUGAAAUUCGUAAGUACACCCAUAAAAUUAGCUGAAGAAAAAAGCGCGCCAACACACACACACACACACACCAAACUACAUGUAUAUAUUUCUGAAAAACCUGUGCGAAAACUUAAAUGAGACAGCAUAUCCGUUGAGAUUGAAUAAAAGAUGAAGGUAGUUCGCUAAACGGUUUUUAUUGUCAAUCUAAUAGCCUGAAGAAACGCGCCUUUAAAUUACUCGCUGAAUUUAAUGGCAUGAUUAAAUCGGGCGUGUGGUGCUUAUUAAAAUAAAACCCGAAUAUUAUUUAUUCACACAGUUGCCAAAUAGAAUAGCGCACGCGAAUACUAAUCAUUCGCAAGAGGCGCAUUUUCAGCCGAUAUGUUCUUGAGGCCAGCAGCUGUAGCGGUGUAGUUCUACAUAUCGAACUAAGGAAAGUUGUUCAAAGUCAAAAUACAAAUGACCAAAAGGUAACAACGUUCAAAUAAUAAUAAAUACCAUAGUCUGGAUAAACGAAAUUUAAUUUCCUUCUAUUGAUUACUUUUUAGCUGGAUUCAUUUAUCUCUAUUGUAAGAAUAGUUUAUUGGUGCGAAACGACGUUUGACGUUUGAUCGAAAGCCAUUGUACGUGAAAUGGUUGAGCUUAUUGAAGUCAGCCCAUGUAAAAUAUUAUUAUAACUGCUAUCCUUCAACACCAGCGGCACCGCUGCUGCUGCUGCUGCUGCUGCUCGUCCUCCACCACCAGCAUAAGCAGCAGCAUCAUCAUCGUCGUCGUCGUCACUCACGCACCGUACAACAUCCAUGAAAAAUUCAUCAACCCGUAGUUCUUAUGGUGUGACAUUCAUUCAUUCGCCUCCCCUUCAUCAUUUGGCUUGUGUUUUACAUAUCAUCGAAGAUUUAAUUGAUCCCGUUACUCGUUACCAGUGUUUUAUGGCUUUCUAUUUUGGGCACAAUUUGCCAAUUCACAUAAAACAGUUUGUGUAAUAAUUUUGCCUUUUCACUUAGCCUGAUUUCAUUUCAUUAUUUUCAGCAUCAUGCCGAUGCUGUGCCAUAUCAGGCAUACUAUUAUACUUGCUAUUGUUAUUUUCCGUCUUUUUUUUCUUAUUUUUCGCGUACAUUUUCCUGAUCAAGAUUGGCAAGCCGGAAAUAGCACAGCUCAAUUUUCUUCAUACACACAUCCAUUCAUCAUGCAUUAAGAUAUAUUGGCAGUGAGAAUAUGUUUAUGACACAAUGUCACCAUGUUAUAUAUUUUUUUAUGCUCCUUUUGCCAUGUUCAUUGAUUUAUAUUUUCUAAAUAAUUCAUCAUUAGUGUAUUAGAAUUUCUGCUUCAUCCUUUUUUUACUCUUGUACAGUUCAUCCGCUUGAACGGUGUGCUUUGAGUGAUUUUUGAUUUACGCAAAUGCCAUUCCAUCGUUGGAAACAACAGGAGUAAAAAAAACAUGUAGAGAAAGAGAGCAGAAAAAAUAAAAAACAAAAACCAACAAUAAAAAAGAGAAAAAGAGGAGCGAACACACACACUCUUUACAUAUUUAUGGCAAUCAUACGUAUGUUUAACGUUUUCAGAGGGUUGAAAUAAAACGAACACAUUACAGCAGCUAUUCCGAAUUGGUACAUUUUUGGAUGUAUAUACUCAUUCCAUUUUGGUGGUUGAUUUUGUUAUGCGCGCUCAUACACACACAAGACGUCUCUAUCUCACUCUCACUCUCGCCUCUAUCUAUUUAUCCGAAUCUAUCUAUCUUUCGAUGUAAUACAUACAUAUGUAAAAGAAAUUUGCGGAUGGAAAAUAUAUUCCAUUUACAUAAGCAUUCAUUAUGAAUAAUAUAGUAUUAUGGCUAAGAUUCUGUGCAACCAAA